GCAGCCGCCAUCCGGGCGAGGAGAGGCCAGAAGAGAUCAGAAGGCACCUGUCCACCUAGAGUCUGUUCGACCAGAUCCGGGGAGCGUGGGACAGAGGGACAAACACGAGGGAACGCCGAGGACUGUGGCGCGCUUGCCGAGUGCUGCCCACGUCCCGCAAGCCGAGCGUGUGUCCCCAACUCUGAGCUGUCCCUGCCCCCGCAGACCUCCAGAGUCGAGGUGGUCAGUUUGAUCUUGUUUUCCAGAUCGUUAGGACCGAAGUUCCAGGAGAAGGAGGAACCGCCCAACAUGGCAUCGGAGAGUGGGAAGCUAUGGGGUGGCCGUUUUGUGGGUGCUGUCGACCCCAUCAUGGAGAAGUUCAACUCAUCUAUCUCCUAUGACCGGCAUCUGUGGAACGUGGAUGUGCAGGGGAGCAAGGCCUACAGCAGGGGCCUGGAGAAGGCGGGGCUUCUCACCAAAGCCGAGACGCAGCAGAUACUGCAAGGCCUGGACAAGGUAGCUGAUGAGUGGGCCCAGGGCACCUUCAAAAUGCACCCUAAUGAUGAAGACAUCCACACAGCCAAUGAACGGCGCUUGAAGGAGCUCAUUGGUGAAGCUGCAGGAAAGCUACACACGGGACGAAGCCGCAAUGACCAGGUGGUCACGGACCUCAGGCUCUGGAUGAGGCAGACCUGUUCCAAACUCUCCGCCCUGCUCUGGGCGCUCAUUGGAAGCAUGGUAGACCGGGCUGAGGCGGAACGUGACGUCCUCUUUCCAGGGUACACACACCUGCAGAGGGCUCAGCCUAUCCGUUGGAGCCACUGGAUCCUGAGCCACGCUGUUGCGCUGACACGAGAUUCAGAGAGGCUGCUGGAGGUACAGAAGCGGAUCAAUGUCCUGCCACUGGGGAGCGGGGCCAUUGCGGGCAACCCUCUGGGUGUGGACCGGGAGCUACUCCGAGCAGAACUGAACUUUGGAGCCAUCACGCUCAACAGCAUGGAUGCCACCAGUGAGAGAGACUUUGUGGCGGAGUUCCUGUUUUGGGCUUCUCUGUGUAUGACCCACCUCAGCAGGAUGGCAGAGGACCUUAUCCUCUAUGGCACCAAGGAAUUCAACUUUGUGCAGCUCUCAGAUGCCUACAGCACUGGAAGCAGCUUGAUGCCCCAGAAGAAAAACCCAGACAGCCUGGAGCUGAUCCGGAGCAAGGCGGGCCGAGUGUUUGGGCGGUGUGCUGGGCUCCUGAUGACGCUCAAGGGACUUCCCAGCACGUACAACAAGGAUUUACAGGAAGACAAGGAAGCUGUGUUUGAAGUAUCUGAUACCAUGACUGCCGUCCUCCAAGUGGCCACCGGAGUCAUCUCUACGCUGCAGAUUCACCGUGAGAACAUGACACAGGCGCUCAGUCCUGACAUGCUGGCCACCGACCUCGCCUAUUACCUGGUCCGCAAAGGGAUGCCGUUCCGCCAGGCCCAUGAGGCCUCAGGAAAAGCUGUGUUCAUGGCAGAGACUAAAGGAGUUGCCCUCAACCAGCUGUCCCUGCAGGAACUGCAGACCAUCAGUCCCCUGUUCUCAGGUGACGUGAAUCACGUGUGGGACUAUGGUCACAGCGUGGAGCAGUAUAGUGCCUUGGGUGGCACAGCACGAUCCAGUGUCGAGUGGCAAAUCAGCCAGGUGAGGGCCCUGCUGCAGGCCCAGCAGGCCUAGAUUCCACCCACCUAAAGCUGCUCCCCAAUAAUAA